ACGUGAUCCACACAAUUGCUUUGAUUAACACGCUGUAUUAAACCCUGUAUAUCGGGUACUGGUUAUCUUUCUGAAUUGUUUUCACGUUGCAUGUCCGAUGUUUCCUCGCCGCAUUCCCAAUCCUCUAGGACCACGACCGGUGCGGCCCACUUGGAGGCCGACUUAUACAUUAAGGUCACACAUGACCCCUAUCACUCCAAUUCCUGUGUCUCCAGAUGAUCUUGUUCGUGGUACUCAAGCUGCUUAUAUAGCUGCUUAUGAUAACGAUAGUAUCAGACCUGUUAAACUCAGUCCCCAUUACAAGAACCUGCUUAGUAACCCUGGUAAUCACCCUAGUAAUCAGCUCAGUCACCCUAGUAACCAACUUAGCAACCCACGUGACCAGCUUAGUAACCCACGUGACAAGCUUGGUAACUGCAGUAACACAUCUGAUAAGUCUCCCAAGUGUAACCUAAAACCUGAGUUAGUGAAAUUGAAAGCUGUGACUCCCAAGGGUAAUUUAAAACCCGAGAUAGUGAAACUGAAAGCAGUGACUCCUGAAGCGAGAGUUUUUGAGGGUGACCAAGAAAACGGGAUGAAUGUGAUCAAAAGAAAGCGACAGUUUGGUGGAUCAUUGCGGUUCAAGAGGGCUAACAGCGUGCUAGUAUCUCAUCCUACGGCUGAUGAUUCUAUGCUCUCUAAGACGCGUGAUGAUAACGAUGUAACGCGUGAGAUUCCGCCGUCACGUGACAAGUCACGCAGCAACUCAUAUACUCGUGAGCAUGCGAAGUCACGUGACUCUACGGUUGCUGAUCUGAAGCGGGACAACGAGAAAAUAAACAAGAAAUACAAUACUUCCUUCUCUAAAUUCAUCAGUAAAAAUCUGACCUCCAAAAGCCGUUCUCUAGGCCGGCCUGAUCCGUUAUCUCGCAAGAACGCCAAGUUGGAUGAAAAACUCAGAACACAUAUCAAAAACAAGACAAUUUCACCCAUUAAGGCCCCGACCACUGCAACAUAUAACGUCCCCAAAUCUCUGGGUCGACCCUCUGUUCUCCCUCCAAAAGUAACUCCCUCGUUGACCAAGUCUCCCACCAGACCUCCUCAAAUAACUCUACAAUCCGCCGUAAAGCCUAAUCUACCCUCCCCCAUCAUCCACUACAACCAUCCCUCCUUUGAUGACGUCAUAAACAAGCGUGAUGACGUCAUAGGAAACGGAGCAGACUACACUAGAGACGAUAACAACGUCACAUCUUGUAUUGAUGACACUGUGUUGUAUACUCCUAUAAACCAGACCACCUUGGCCUUCCCUUCUCCACAAUCAGUAGGAAGAUCAGGGGAGGGGCAGAACGGUGACGUCAGAAAGUGGGGUAGUUGCUCCAGACUGGAGUACAACGGACAACCUGGAUACGGGCACUAUCCAGUACCUGGACAUGAGAGGACGGAGGGUGACGGUGGACCAGCAUCUUACCCUGAACCUUAUAAUAACCAGUACACAGAGCCUGCUUACAACCCCUACAACAGGAGACACAGCUCGAGUAAGAUGAGCAGUCAUAGUAAUAACUCUGACGAAGUUAUUCUCGCACAGAAAGCAGAGUUAGAAGAGAAAAACAGAGUUAUCGAAUCGUUAAAAAUGAGGAUGACUGACGGAGACUCUAAAUUAACUGAACGUGCUUAUUCCGAUAAAUCGGGGGAACAUGGUGCAGUAGCAGAAAGCCUUGAUAGCGGAAUAGACAUAAGAUCGGAGACGGGUGUUAUGAAACCACUGUUUGGAGGUCAGCGGACCAGCUCGGACGAGAGGAACGAGCUGGCUAAACUCCGUCUGUACGUGAAGCAGCUUGAAGCUAAGGUGGAUAGUGGAGUAAGCAGCAGUUAUGAGGAGGAGUCUAAAGUUGAGAACUUGCUCAAGGAUAACCAGAAGUUGAUAGACGAGAAAACAUCAAUCAGCAGGAAGUUCGCGCGGCUCCAGGAUUACCUGACAACCCUGCCCACUGUUAACGAGUACACCAAGCUACAAGAACAGUUGACGCAACUUACAGAGGAGAAUACAAACCUGCAGGAGGAACAAAAGCGGGUAACUGAAUCCUCCAAGGACGUGAAACUAAAGGAUGCAGAUAUGAAGAAGUACCAGAAGAAAUGUACGGACAUGCGGGAAUCUAUAAUGAAGCUGGAGAAGCAGAAUAACUUGCUGAAGUCCCAGAACGCAAAUCAGGCCAAGCAGGAGCUUCAGAAGGUGGAGCUGGAAAAAUCGAAGAUGGAGAAGAAAAUGGAGCAGCUGAAAAAGGAGAUCUCUGUUUUGUCUGAGCAGAAAGAAAGCACGAAGAGUUUAGUAGGGGGAUACUACGAGAAAUUUAACAACGAGCAGGAGAAAACCAAAAUACUGACUCAAAGUUUAGAGAAUUCUGUCAACGAGGUUGAAGAUCUGAGAUCUGAACUGGACCGCAGAAUUCAUCAGGAGGAGGAAUUACAAGGGCGGAUCUCAGACUUAGAACGGGAGUUAGAGGCUGUGCUACUUAAAAUGGAGGAGUAUGAGUCCCAGGAGAACCGGGAUGUGGAGAACUCUGAGCUCCUGAUGGCGGAGUACAAUGCUGCUUUCCAGGACCUCAAUAGUGUUGUGGAGGUUUGUCAGAUGAGAGUUCAAGGUCAGCAGUUAGACAUUUCCUUGCUGCUUGGACUGGGAGCCAGUCCACGACCUUCUAACAAGGAGGAUCUUACUGUUGAGUCCCAACUCAGAAAUAUUCAGGCUCUAAGGAGCAAUAUAGAAAACAUAAGGACGUUACUUUCUGAUCUGUACGCUGAGGACAUCGGCAGUCAGUGCCCGACCCAGUGAACACUACUACCUCAUUAAUUAAUUAAUUAAUUAAUUAAUUAAUUGACGAAUCUUAGAGAGUAUGGCGACUGCAGUGAUGACGUCACGAUUAUGUAGCUAAUUUCAGAGCGUGAUUAAGUUGAGCUAGUGUUGUGAGAAAGAGUACACAGAGUUUAACCAGUUAUUUGUUACGGACGAUUGAGUCGUGCAUUACAGAACUAACUCGAGACUAACUCUUAUUUAUAGUUUAUGUAACACUCGGUUAUUUUACCAUUGUUAUAUGAGAUCGGUUUGCGAUGAUAAUUGAGCUAUUUAAGCUACAAAACUUCACAGAAAUUCAAUUACUAUAAGUAUGAUAUAUAUCAAUAGUAUAACGUUUAUUAACGUUAUUUUCAUAAUCAUUAAUAUUAUGUAUUUUAGUUGUAAACAUCGGUCGGAAAUUGCCGCAUGAGUUUCAACAAUUAAAUUUUACAGACUAACGAUGACUUGAAAUUUGUCGUCCUUUGAUGAAAUUUGUGAUAUUUGCAUUAUUAAUAUUUAUAUAUUGUCGUGUAAAUUGAAUAUCCACAAAGAUUUGAGAAGCAUGAAGAUACGGAUUAGCGCAUAAACAGCAAUUCGAUUAGAACCUGUUUCAAGUCAAAACAGUGACAUGAUGGUUUGGUGUGUAAAUUAAACAGUAUUUAAUAAUUUGUAUUCGAUAAUAAUUAUAUUUGAUUUUACGUGAUAGAAUGUGACCUUGGGAACAAGAGUGAUAUUUCUAGACUUUUGUAUUUAGAAGAGCAGUAUCCAAUCUCCAAAAUAGCGAGUAACUGACACUCAACAGGUAAUUACUAAUUACUAAUUAGACAGGUAAUUACUAAUUACUAAUUAUACAGGUAAUUACUAAUUAGCCAUGUAAUCUAGUCCUGGUCCUUGUUGUUAACUUUGACAUUUGUAUUUGUAUAUAACGGUCCUCUGGUUUAUAUUACCAGUAUUUUAAUUUCCAUACAAUAAUAAAA